GAGGCUUGCACGUGCUGUUUCAUUUACAUAUACAGAACAUACACAAUUACACAUACUCAAAAGAGCACCGGAUGAAUUUCAAAGCUUCUCGGAGAAGCUUCCUCUGCAGAAGGACAAUCCAGCUGCAAUUGAUAUUAUAAUUCAGUAUAUUAACAAUUCAAAAUUCAAAAUUCAAAACUGCAUAUUAGCACCGUAUCUCCCGCUUCUCUUCUUCCAUGUAAUAUCUAUUAUAUUUUGAUUCUUAAAACUUCUUUCCUGUAACCUCUCUUCUGAAGUACUACUCUUCAUAACGAUUUCUUUCAAUCUUAUUUGCAGGCUAAACUUUGUUCACAAAAUGUUUGAUGAUAUGUGCGGAAGAAAACCUCUUUCUCUCCAUAGUUUCUAUCGUGCUCUACCAAAAUGACAACUCUUGGUGACGGAGGAUAUGAUUGCGGCCGAAUUUUGUCCGGAAACUGUUUGAUGAUAUGUUCAAAAGAACAAAAUCGAUGAAUAUAUAUCACUAUAUACUCAGGAUGGGUUCUUACCUCAGUUAUUAUGUCCAGGGGACCGUAUGCGUGCUUAAUAGAUCAAGAAGAAAAGUGUAGGUGGGUUGGCAAUCUCUGCGCUAAAUCCAUGGUGUGAUUAAUAGGGAUGUGCUUGCUUUAUACUUUGAUAAUCCAGUGUCUCUAUUCAAGCAGCCUAAGACAUGGAAAGGUGACUACUAUCAAUAUCGUGCUGAGUUCAAGACUGACCAGACAAAGAAAGAAUGCUCUAACAAAUCAUUGAAAGGCUAUGAAGCAUGCUGCUUCUGAAACUGCAAAUAAAGAACUCCAUUCAAUGCACCCAAUCCGUCUAGGGCUUGCUCGGAAUUUCCACGUCUUCUACUACGAGAUAAUGAAUUCCCCUGAGAGGGCUUGCCAAUUAGCUAAACAAGCUUUUGAUGAGGCAAUUGUAGAGCUCGAUACCUUGAGCGAAGAGUCCUACAAGGACAGCACCUUAAUUAUGCAGCUGUUAAGAGACAAUCUCAUUUUGUGGACCUCUGAUUUACCGGAGGAUGGAGGAGGGGCAUUGGGUGGCAUCUGCUGAAAACAAGUGAAGAACUAAUUUCUCAUAUGAGUCCGUCGAGUGAAAUUUACUAGCAUUGCAGGAUGAUUGAUUCUGCUCCACUGACCAUGUAUACAAAAGAUAGUUUCAUUGUCAGAGAAGAUAGUUUUGGGUGAGACUGUGAGACAUUGUCCUGCAUUGGUGGAAAUCUGGCAGAAAAAAUAGGGUUAUUGAUUGGUGCACAGUGUCGAGAGAAAAUGGGUUUUGGGGAUAGUUAAGACAGAAAUGAGAUGAGGGGAGGGGAGGUGCUGUGAGAUAGUGAGCAUGCAACAUCAAAGAUUUGAUUUGCCCUUCUUUGAAUAUUUUUUUUUCUUUUAUUUGAAGCUGUAUGUGAUAAUAUUCAAUUUAAGAACAAAAUGUUAAUAUGUUAUUAAUUCCAAUAAUUAAUAAUAUUCAUAUACCAUAAUGUCAUUUUUUUUUUGGA